CGUCCUGCAGCACACAUGCUCAUAUGCACACACACCAGAUCACAAUCUCAUCUCUUGUGCACUAAAAAUGCUCUGGGAAUUGUGCUUAGCUCUACUGUUCACUGGCUUCCCAGUGUCGGCUCUGCCUUCAACUAACAUCAAGAUCACACAAGCACUGCCCAUGCAACUAUCAGACUCAAACCAGCCUGUGACAUGUCCACUCUUUUGGACUGAAUUUGAGGGUUACUGCUACCGUUUCUUCCCAUUGAACCGUACCUGGGCUGAAGCAGAUCUGUACUGUGCAGAGUUCUCCAAUGGACACAAAUCAGCCAAGCUCACCUCCAUACACAGCUGGGAAGAAAAUGUCUUUGUCUAUGAUCUUGUCAAUAGCCGUGUACCCGGAAUUCCAACAGAUAUUUGGAUUGGCCUUCAUGAUAGAAGACAGGAGGGCACUAUGGAGUGGACAGAUGGGUCACCCUAUGAAUACAGUUAUUGGGAUGGAAACCAGCCAGAUGAUGGCAUCCAUCGCAUCCCUGUGGAGGAGGACUGUGUGGAAAUCUGGUACAGGCAAAACAGUGCGCUGAGGUCUUGGAAUGACAACAGUUGUGAUAAGGCUUUUCCAUUCAUCUGUAAGAUUCCUACACUGGAAAACUAACCUCUCGCUAAAUCAAAGAUUUGUUAAGCAGUUUUUAUGAUCAACAACGACACCCCAACAUCUAUCUAUCAAUCACAUUGCAGCAACAAGGUGUCUUUUUCUCUCCAUCCUUGCAGUGACAAUGGGCUCUCUCCAAUCUGUUAUAACUGCACUCUGCACUUCUCCCCCAUCCACUUCAAUUUCCUGUUCCCAGCCCCUCAACAUCCACCCACCCCUUUUGUGUCAUUGUGCCAAGUUUUCUCAUUCCUCUGGAGCUUGUUCAGAACACUCGAGAAUAAUAUAUAUUUUUCCCCCACUGGAGAUGCUAUUGAUUAUUCAUGUUGAUAUUCGAUAUUGGUGUUAAUGCUGUUGUUGUAAAUUACAUAUCAGUCCAUUCCCUUUUUUAGCCAGACACCUGCACUUGGCUAUUUCCACACCAAGAGUGAGUUGCACAAAGGGAGUUCUAGAGACUUCAGACUGAACUAUAAGCAUGCAAAUAUUUUUUUAAGGAAAUCUAAGCUCCAUGCUGUUUACCAAAUGCCUGUUCAUGCUGUGAGAACAUUAUUUACUUGUAUUAAAUUUGGGUAUAUUUGCCAGAGUCACCAGGAUUUGAAAAAGAUGAUAAUGCCCAACGGCCUGACUUAAUAUUCAGUAUGUUAAAUUUAGUGCAAUUAAUUUUUUUAAUUUGAGAAUAUUUCAAAGAGCAUCCUGUGUGCUUCAUUGGUAGCAAAGAAAACGGACUUUCUGACUGAAUUCAUAUGGGCAAUGUCACCAAUCUGAAGGAUCAUAAACAUUGCUCAUUCAUUUUACACCAUAACUGUUCUGUUCUAAGUUUUAAGGUUUUAUAUGAUGGUCAUAAGUCUCACUCACAGACAUUGAGAUACUGUUUGUAAUGAGUCCUGAGUUUAGCUUUAGCCCAUUAUCCAGAGUGCUUUCAAUGUUCAUCUGUGCACAUCGAUCUACUGACCCAAGAGGUGAGAUUCUGAAAGAGUAGGGAUUUAAAUCUUUGUUGAUUGCAAAGCUUCAAAAGACAGAGAGAGCUUAACCUCAGCCUGGCAAAUGACCUUUUAUGCUUCUGUCUCCAGUUCAUGGACCGUGCCAAUUAGUGACUGAGAAAUCUCUGUUCCUUUGUACACAGCUCUAUCGGUAAACAACCUUGUGGACCACUUAAAAUGUUAGAACAUCAAUCCAAACUCUCUAUACUUACAGCAUGUCAUACAUGUGUAUCAUUUGUCUUGGACCAAAUUUAGUUCAGCAGAGAGAGAUUUUAAAAUGGAUAAUAACCUCAGCUGGGGGCCCAAGUGUCUCUCCAGGAAGGAAUUUUGUAAGAAAUGGCUGUUUGCACAUGACACAGUGCCUUGGUAUUCCUGUCAUAUAGCAUCUGUUUUGAAAUAAAGAGAAAGAAUCUAUUUUGUAGAUAUGGUCUUAUAUUCAAGUAAACAUGGUAGUUUUGAUUAUUAUGUGCCUGACACAGACCCAGGACUCAUGAGGAACGCAGGGUUAAGCUGCUCCCCUAUUGCUGAAGAAAGCAAUUAAGUGACUAAUCUCUUGGUUUUAUAGUCCUCAAGAGCGAACAUUUAUACACAAACAAGCCCUGAAUCAUUUUAGUGAUUUAAUUAAUGCAAUGCCAGGGUAAUUACUAUGGUUGUAAAAUGUUCAGGUUUAAACAGAUAUUUUCAAAUAAUACAAUGAAAUGACGAUAACCUCAGUAUUUUGUUGCCAGUUAAACUCUGUAUUUCAUUUCUUAACGUCAUCAUUUUCCAACAUAAGUGGUUCUAGAGAGCAAGUUUCCAUUCCAAGUGGAGAAAAACUAAUGCGUUUCACUCUGGAACAUAUUCAUUAAUUCAAGCUCAAUAAACAAGAAACGUUAACAUCUCUGAAAUAUCAACAGCGCUUUCACUGCUAGAAGAUGUAAAAUGUUUCAAUAUACCUCUGUUUAUAUCAAUCUUGCACUGUCUGUCUAAGAAAUCAUAUUAAA